UAUGUGAGAAGGGGAUUGUUGUUGUCACCCACGCACGCAGACGCCAUGGCUUCACGCUUUGCCCUUCUCUUCCUUUCUCUUUUCUUCGCAGCGUCGCUUCGAUCCUCGUUCGCCGGAGAUGUCGAAGGAAACGACGAUCUCCUCAUCCGUCAGGUUGUUGAUCAUGGGGAGGAGGGAGCCGUUGACGAGAACUCGCUGCUGAACGCCACUCAUCACUUCACAACCUUCAAGAGGAAAUUCGCCCGGGCAUACGCUACACCGGAGGAGCACGAUUAUAGAUUCUCGGUCUUCAAGGCCAACCUGCGCCGCGCGAGGCGACACCAGAAGCUGGAUCCGUCUGCCGUCCACGGUGUAACGCAAUUCUCGGAUCUAACGCCGCGUGAGUUCCGUCGCCAGUUCCUUGGCGUCAAUAGGCGGCUCCGCCUUCCGUCCGACGCUCAGAAGGCGCCUAUUUUACCUACGAAUGAUCUACCGACGGAUUUUGAUUGGAGAGAUCAUGGUGCGGUUACGAAGGUGAAGAAUCAGGGCUCAUGUGGGUCAUGCUGGUCGUUUAGCGCAACAGGAGCGCUGGAAGGUGCCAACUUUCUGGCGACAGGGAAACUUGUGUCUCUCAGCGAACAGCAGCUUGUGGAUUGUGAUCAUGAGUGUGAUCCAGAAGAGAAGGAUUCAUGUGACUCGGGGUGCAACGGUGGAUUAAUGAAUAGUGCUUUCGAGUACACGCUUAAAGCUGGGGGGCUCAUGCGAGAAGAAGACUAUCCAUACAGUGGUAGGGAUCAUCUGGCCUGCAAAUUUGACAAGAGCAAGAUUGCUGCCAGGGUUGCUAACUUCAGCGUGGUGUCCCUCGAUGAAGACCAAAUCGCAGCAAAUAUGGUCAAGAAUGGCCCUCUUGCAGUGGCCAUCAAUGCAGUGUUCAUGCAGACCUAUGUUGGAGGAGUCUCGUGCCCGUAUAUAUGCUCAAAAAGGUUGGAUCAUGGUGUCCUUUUGGUUGGCUAUGGUGCAGCUGCCUAUUCGCCCAUCCGUUUCAAGGAAAAGCCCUACUGGAUUAUCAAGAAUUCGUGGGGAGAGACCUGGGGAGAGAAAGGCUACUACAAGAUCUGCCGGGGCCGCAAUGUUUGUGGAGUGGACUCCAUGGUUUCAACUGUCGCAGCAGCCACCGCAGAGUGACUGAUGUUGGACCCCAACAGCAGCAGCAUUCCAACCCAACCCUGUACAUAAAGAAAGGUAAUGCAAUAUGCAUGCCUCUCUCUCUCUCUGCAUACUUAUGAAUCACAACUCAACUCUUUUAACUAUUUGAAAUGCUUUCAUCGAAAAUUGGGAUGUAAUGUUUUGACAUUCCGUUGGAUUGGAUCAUACAUUAUUAUUAUUAUCGGCAUGCAUGGGUUGCCGCCUCUGCUAUUAUGCAUUAUGAUCAUCUUUUUAACAUUCAA